AUGGCCCCCCAGACACAGAAACAGUGGGUACUUGGCGGCAAUAACGGUUUCGGCUCCCUCGAGUUCCAGCCUGACGCUCCUGUUCCGUCCAUCGGCGAUAGGGAGGUCUUAGUUCGCUUCCACGCUGCGUCGCUCAACUUCCGCGACUUGAUAAUUGCCAAGGGCCAAUACCCUUUUCCAGCCAAGGAUGGCACAGUACCAGUGGCCGAUGGAGCUGGCGUCGUUGCUGCCGUUGGAUCUCACGUGAGUCGCUUCCAAGUCGGCGAUCGAGUCGUGGGAUCGUUUCACCAGGAUCACCUCGCGGGGCCCUUCGACGCCAGCUAUCUCCAUAGUUCUCUAGGCGGUUCUCUCGAUGGCACGCUUCGAGAGUAUGGAGCGUUCCCAGAGCAGGGUCUUGUCCGUGCCCCGAUAAAUUUGAGUUUGGCGGAGGCAGCGUCACUACCGUGCGCUGCACUGACGGCCUGGAGUGCUCUCUUUCCUGAUGAAGGCCGGGUGCUGAGACCCGGAGACACGGUUCUUACCGAGGGUACAGGCGGUGUCAGCACCUUUGCUAUCAUGUUUGCCAAAGCUGCGGGAGCCAGAGUCAUUGCGACGACGUCGUCGGAUGAGAAGGCUCAACGUCUCAAGGAGCUUGGUGCGGACCACGUGCUCAACUACAUAAAGAAUCCAAACUGGGGAGCGCUCGCCAAGAGCUUGACGCCCAACAAAUCCGGAGUCGACCUCGUAGUCGAGGUUGGCGGGCCAGCAUCAGCCAGACAGGCGCUCACUGCCUUGAAGACCAUGGGCGUCAUCUCGAUGGUAGGCUCGGUUGCCUCGUUUGCCUCGGGGGAAGGAAUGAGUCAGUCACCAACAUUUCUUGACACGAUCCUCGGCCUCUGCACUGUGCGCGGGGUGACUGUUGGGUCAAGGCGCCAGUUUGAGGAAAUGAACCGUGCUAUUGAGGAAAAUGAUAUUCAUCCCGUCUUGGAUAAGACGCUCUUUAAACUGGAACAUGCUCGAGAGGCCUAUGAGUAUUUAUGGGAUCAGAAGCAUAUUGGAAAGGUCAUCGUGCGGAUUGUCGAUGCGUAG